GCUUUUAUGGUGUACGCCCAACGUGUACAAGUAUCUCUGCAUCGUAUUCAAUACGUACCGAAUUACGCAGUAUUUGUAUAACUGAGUUUUCCUUAAUGGAUAAUGUUUUAACUUUCGGACAGACGUAAAGACAUAUAAAUCUCCGUGAUUCAUAGAGGACAAUUGAACUCUGUGUAAAGUCUUUUUCUCUUCCUCUAUAUUCAACAAGCUUUUGAUCUGAAAUAAACAUUAACUCCCCUGAUUUUCAUGUUACACGAAGGGAAGUCUAUUAAGAAGUCAAUAAGUCCAUUGCCAUAAGAGAUACGUCGAUGUUUAACGUAAGGCUAAGGUUCUUAUUAAGAACAAGACGAGUGUCUUACAGUGAAUGAACUCUUAGAUUUAUUCCGAAAUGUGUCGAAUGUGUAUUUUGGUUUCGAUGGACUAGGUAUUAAGGAUACAAACUGAGACUUUGUUUAACUAGCUACUUUUUAUGUUGACCAUGUUGACUUCUGACAUAAAUAUUUAAGAACCAUUCUUCAAUCAAUCAUCUACAUGUUUUCGUAGCAGAGCGGGCAAUGUUGUGUUUUUAAAGACUGCCAAAUAGUUAUAACAAAAUGUGUGUUCAUAUUGUAUUUAUAAAAUGUAAGCACAACACUGGUGUUCUAUACAAGGACUAGGUCCUUCAAAUAAAACCUGUUCGAUUGGUUAUUGAAUAAACAAGUGUGAACGAUAUUGACGUGCUACAUCGAACGAGUGCUUUCCACAGAUGAUGUCUCCGAUUAAUGUAGUAAACGGUUUAUCAGCAAUUAUUUCGUAAGCAAAGUUGUAGCGAAUUCUACAAUUAAAAACAUCAAUGACUUAACUCUUAACAACCUUAAGCAACAAGACACGCAAUUAGUAGGCCUACACAAGAAGAUGAACCUUUAGACACGCGAAGUUCAGAAUGGCGUCAUUGGUGAACACUGCAUUACAGAUGGCGCUCCUGUGUUACCAACUAUUAAAUAAGUAAUACAGCGAUGUUGGUUUCUGUUAGCUGUCAUACUACCAAGAAGCGACCUAGAAGACAAUGGACGCUCCGCUGCUUGACCGGCUCACUCGACACAGAAAUAUGCAGCUUCAAAGACAACUGGAUGUCAAACUUCAGAUUCUAGACGAAGAGUAUCGUUUGAUAAAACAAGAUCAGGAGAAACACGAUGAAGAAAUGUCGCAAUUCUGUGAAUGUCUAAAACACACCGCUCCUGGUUUGAAUGGUUACAGACAGCCAAACACAAAAGCAAUGAGUAUCAAAAACCCAACUUUGCUAAGAAAACUUGUUAAGUGGGAAUCGUCUGCCAGUAAAGGCAAGCGCAAAAGUUUGUCGAGUUGUGAAACACACGGAAGUAAUCCUUGGAAAGUCUCUCAGGGAAGUCUUCAGAAUUCAGAGACAAGGUCAAGAUCCUCCGGAGAUUCAACGUCACGAAAUUCUUUCUUCAAUAAGAAAAUUGUUCUGGACGCUAGACGCCGGAGUUUUAUUACCAAAGAGAUUAAUUCCAACAGAAGAGUUUCAUUGGCAGAAUCUGGACAGAAUGAUAUCCAAUCCAUGUUUUCAAAAGUCAACACUCUGGUCUCCGUCGUCGCUACUGCAUCUCCACGAUUUAUGAAAUCCUUGAAGCCAAAGUAUGGAAGGGAGGCAUUCAGCGCUCAGGAGAGAAGCCUAAGAAACAAUGUCUUGAACAAAUUCAACGAUAUAUUCACCAAGAACAAGCAUGUGGAAACGCAGCUUUUGUCUGCGUCCUUGCCGGUGACAAAAAUCUCCCCAGUAAGUGCUAAAGCUGGCUCAUUCUUUGAGCUGACAGAGUUGGCAAGUGAGCAAGACUCAAACGAUGACGUUCACACAACUGGAGACGCUGUCUCAAGACAACACGUUGCCAUGGCGUCCAGUCAUCAAGGGGGAGUAGGGCAAAGCUGUAGUGUGGCUCACAGUGCACGGACGUUGACACACAAACGCCCUUUGCUAAGUCCCGACGAAGCUGAACUACGGCGACGACUCCUCCGAGAGCGCCCUGACAGCAUUCACGUGUCGGACUCCAGACAUAAACACAGGGCAAUGACCGCCCCAGCUAACUUUGAACUUAAGCAAAGAGCAGUGGUGGCUACUAGACAACAGCUAGUUGGUAUAUUGGCAGAAAUAGAAUGGAGAAAAGCUGGUCUUCGCGCGUUGUUAACCAAAAGUAAUCAGCUGCGACACACGAUCAGGACUUUGACACCAUUUCAAUUGGAUGAUCCUGACAGUUUGAGUGACUAGCGACACACAAUCAUGAUGCUGACACCAUUUCCAUUGGAUGAUCCUGACAGUUUGAGUGACUAGCGACACACAAUCAUGAUGCUGACACCAUUUCCAUUGGAUGAUCCUGACAGUUUGAGUGACUAGCGACACACAAUCAUGAUGCUGACACCAUUUCAAUUGGAUGAUCCUGACAGUUUGAGUGACUAGCGACACACAAUCAUGAUGCUGACACCAUUUCCAUUGGAUGAUCCUGACAGUUUGAGUGACUAGCGACACACAAUCAUGAUGCUGACACCAUUUCCAUUGGAUGAUCCUGACAGUUUGAGUGACUAGCGACACACAAUCAUGAUGCUGACACCAUUUCCAUUGGAUUAUUCUGACAGUUUGAGUGACUAGCGACACACAAUCAUGAUAUUGACACCAUUUCAAUUGGAUUAUUCUGACAUUGCAGUCUGUCAAGUAUCUUUUUGUUUUAAAAAAUAAUAAA